CAGCCUUACAUAUCAGCAUCCUUUCUGGCCGCUCAGCUUUCGGAUGGUGUCUGUCCUCAUCUUUGUUCUCUGUUGUGAAAGCCACAGUCCAGCCAGGGUUCAAGUGCCCUGGGCAGAAAGACUCUCCCUCCAUUUAACACGAGGAGAAGAAGCCUGUGGACUGGAAGGACCACUCCCAAGGCAGGUGGAGGACUGCUAGAGAUAUCAGACUGGAUCGGGAGUAUGGACACCUGUGGUUUGGUCUCUGCUCUGCUAGUGAAGAAACUAACACGCCUUGGAAAGCUGCCAAUCAGCUGUCCUACAGAUUGACUUAGCACCCUUUGAAGAUCACUUCUGAAUAUUGGCUGACUUUCCCAUUAGAAUGCAGGGAAGGACCUGGAGAGAUGCCAACGGCAGGCAGACGAAGUGACUGAAAUCAUGCUGAACAAUUUUGAACGGGUCCUGGAAAGGGAUGGCAAACUAGCCGAGCUGGAGCAGCGAUCCGACCAGCUCCUUGAUAUGAGCUCCGCCUUCAGCAAGACGACCAAGACGCUGGCCCAGAAGAAGCGCUGGGAGAACAUCCGAUGGCGAGUGAUCCUGGGCCUGGUCAUUGGUGCUUUAGCGUUAGUCCUUCUCAUCACGCUGCUCGCCAUCUUCAUUCCCCGGGAGUGAGCCUUGGCCACAGGGUAGGGGGAUUCAUCCAAGGCCGGGAGACUGUGCCAGAACUUGGGGAGAGAGAGGCCAACCCCACCCUCCCCACUGAGCCUCAUGUGCCACUGGGGCCUGAGAACCAUGGAUGGUGAUGGAGUUGGAAAAACUCUGGGGAUGUUUCAUGGGUGGACUUGACUCCACCCCACGCACUGUUACUAGACAUUGAUGCCUUGAGUCUUGCUGAUCCUGAGCCCGACAGGGUCCAAGCUAUUGCUGCCCCACUGCUGGACCCUACAGAGCUCAGUAAAUACCACUAUCGGGUAAA